AUGGGCUUUCUGACUUUGCGCCUGGAGAGCUCCCAGCAAGUGAAUGACAACACAAAACGUCUUCGCUUCCAACUCCCAGACCCGAAUUCCAACGCUGGUCUGGGAUUGACUUCAUUCAUUCUGACAUUCCAUAAGCCCGCAAAUGGUUGGCUCCCAGUGAUUCGACCCUAUACCCCAAUUAAUAAUUUCGCUGAGCCUGGCUACAUUGAACUGCUGGUUAAGAAGUACCCUAAUGGGAGAGCAAGCUCCUAUCUGCAUUCUCUCAAGCCUGGCGACACGCUGAACAUUCGCGCUCCUAUGAAUGGCUUCAAAUGGACACCCAAUGAGUUUGAGUCGGUCAACCUCAUCGCAGGUGGCGCUGGCAUUACGCCCAUGUUUCAACUGAUUCAAGGAAUUCUGAAAAACCCCGAAGAUCGGACCAAUAUCAAGUUGAUAUUCGGCGUCAACUCGGACAAAGACCUAGUCCUGAAAGACGAAUUGGAUGCCUUCGAAAAAGGGUUUCCCGACCGUUUUAAGGUUGUCUACACGGUUUCAAAUCCUGCCGAGGGAUCGCCAUUCCGCGAGGGUAAAGUGACGAAGGAAUUGUUGCGGACAGAAUUGAUUGGCGCCAAAGAUGGCCAGGCGACGAAAAUUUUCCUCUGUGGACCUCCACCUAUGGAGGCCUCUAUACUCGGACAUAAGGGCUGGCUUUCGACUCAGAAGGGCGCUUUGGAGGAACUUGGUUACCCCUCAGGCAAGGUUCACAAGUUCUGA